AUGCCCCCCUCGAGAACACCACGCGCGCUUCCCCGCCAAACAGCGCGUCCUCAAUUCGCUUCCACCCCGCGCUUCCUGUUCACACAGCGAGCUUCGUCUCAACGCAAAGAGCCGGGGAAUAAUGAUUACACGCUUCUGAAAGAUGAUGUAGACGUAAUCUCAAACCUACAUCCAACUCCAACGCCGGCUCGUGAAACAAUAUCGCGCCAGAAAGAAGUCAUUGAAGACUCCAGCAGCGAUUUAGAACUGGAGCAAGACUACAACCAAACCCCCAAGAAUGAUACUAGCGGCCUCCUUGAAGAUAUCCCUAGCAGCCCACCCCCUGAUACCACCGAGGUAGAUGCAGAAUUCGAAGAACUGUUCGGACCGAAAAGACAUCCGUCCAAACGUCGCCGUGCCUCUAUCCCUGAGUCUACUACCUUAGGCACGCCUAAAGUUCAGAAGAGAAGGCCAUACGAUGAUAUUGAGACAUCCUCUCCAGUAACCUCACCUUAUGGUUGGACGUUUGCAGCCAAUGCAGCUCUCAAUCACGAACCGCCCUCGCCAUCCCUACCUCAUCGCACAACUCCUCGAAACCUGAGGACUUCUCUGCCCCAGCCACUGGCGCCAACGCCAGCAUCAGCAACCCCGGCAACAGCUAAGCCGUCCGUCCAUAGUUAUUCCCGCUUUCUCGUCUCCUCUGCAUCUCGACCGCCCCCUAAGCCGACCUUCGUAUUACCCCGCCCGUCCUCACCAGAGCAAACUGGCGAUCUAGGACCAUAUGCUAUUCCCACCCCUUUCUCCCCGUCAUCUCAUCCGCUUCGCCGUCGUGGAAGGCAGCGUUCACCAGCACCCAGCUAUCUUCCCGGCGGGAUGGCUUCAGAGGUGCGCAGCUGGAUUCUAGAAAUGGGAACGAAGCGCGAGCAGCAGAUGCAGAUGGCUUCAGGCCGUGGACAUACUAGUGCGAAUGUGUGCUCGGCUGACCCCUCAAAGUACUCGUACGUGCUGCGGAUAAGUGACGUCCGUCAGUCCGCACUUGGGAGUUGCGGCCCGCUCGCUUUCAUACGAGGCCAGGUUGUGGCGACGACGUCGGUAUCCUCUGAGAAUUCUAUGCAUGAUAGUGGGUUGGAAACAAAUGGAGCCGGUACUGAUACGAGAAAUGUUCUCCUUAUGGGUGCGCCGCGGUUGCAUGCUAGUGAGCUGCGACCCUCUUCCGGGGUUCCUAGUCUCCAAGCGGGAAACUUGGUGGGUAUCCUUCGCUGGCUAGUUUGGGAAAUACCUGGCAUGCAGGCUUGCAAAAGCUCUGUUUCUCUGCCUGCCGAACAUCGGCAUGAGCAGAUCUGGGGGGAUGAAAGUGAGCGGUCCUCUGAGUUAGAAUUUGGAGGAUGGCUUGUGGGGAUGGAGUGGGAGAUCAUACAGUCUGUGUAG